UGCGGUAUCUAUAAUAUUUAAUCAUCACCCUAAUAGUAAUAAAGUAAAAUUACGUUAACAUUUGCACAUUAUCUAUUAUUUACAUAAAUUUCUUUUUAUGCUACCAUGAAAUUAUAUUACUCAUACUUCAACAAUUCAAAAUGACAAAAAGCAACGAUAAGGUUUGUUUGACCGGUUCUUGUUAAAUCGCGUUAGGAGGAAGAUGGCUGCUUCCAGUUUCAGAUGAGUGUGUGUAUUUUGGCUGAUUAUAAAGAAACUGACGAAUAUAAUUUUUAAUUCUCUUUGUAAGACAAUGGCAGAACGUCGAGAAGCUGGAGAUGGAGAAGAAAAUCCCUCUAAAAGUGGAGUGGGAGGAACUCGGAACUGGCAACCCAAUGAAGAUUACUUGAAAAUGUUAAUUGGCAUGGGAGUCAGUAAAAAUGCAGCAGAAAAGGCUCUUUUUUACACUGGGAACAGAUCUGCAGACUUAGCUGCUGGCUGGAUUUUUGAAAACCAAGAUGCUGACCUUGAAACCCCACUUGAUGCAGAAGCAGAUGAUCUUAGUGAUGAUGAUGAUGAUGUUGCAGAUGUGUUCAAAAUGGUAUUAGUUGUCAACAUAAGUUUAGAAAUGGGAACAGGAAAGACUGCUGCACAGGCAGCCCAUGCAGCAAUAGGGUUACAUAGACUGUUACUUCAAGAUGAAAAUAAGUAUGGAGAUAUGUUGCUUCAGUGGGAAGAGUUUGGUGAAACAAAGAUUGUGUUGGGAGCAGAAACAACUGAAGAUCUAAUUGAAUUAGAAAGGAGAGCUUUAUCCCUUGGCUUACCAACAUAUCUGGUCCAAGAUGCAGGAAAAACUCAAAUUCCUGAGGGUUCAACAACAGUUCUGAGCAUUAUGGGAAGAGUUGACCUUGUAGACCAGGUAACUGGGUCAUUAAGGCUACUGUAAAUUGUAUGCUAAAAAUAUUAUCUUUGUACAAGAAAGGAAUAUGAUUGUGAUUGGUUCAAUUGAUAUAUAUGGUGCCUGCCAUAUUUUGUACAAUAUUUAUAUUUCUGUUCUAUUACUAUAUUUUGUGUUCUUAGACAGUUGUGUUAUGUGACAUAAUACAAUUGUCAGGUUAUAUAAUUUCUAUUGAUUACUGCAUCAAAAUUACAGUUUGUUCGAUUGGCUAUAGUGCUGUUUUUAAGUUAUUUUGUCAUCCAUUACUUUUAUGAGUGUAAAUAUCAAAUUAAUUUUUAAUUCUGUUUAAGCCUGCAAAUACUCUGUUUUGCCAUAAGUAUGUUAUAAUGUAUAUUAUGAAAUGCACAUGUACCAUUUAUGUAGCAUUGUUGGUUUUUGUCCCAAGGCUACAGAAUUUUCAAAUAUUACCCUAAUAAUCAAUUAAAUUGAGAAAACUAUUUCUUUGAGGAUAAAAUUGUUCUUUAAAAAAUUAGAAAAAUAACUUGAUUGAAUUAUAAGUUGUUAUAAUGACUCGUUUUUUGUUGGUUUUUUUGUGGUAUGUUUUUUAUGUUUAAAACAUAGGUGUUAUUUUCCAUAAAUCUUUACAACUUUUUUUUUUUGUGUAAUUUUUGGUUGAAUAGUUUGCAAUGACUGUAUCUGUGUGGAGUUUUGGUGUAGAUGAUAUUUUGGUUUCUGUGCUGAAGUCUUCAACUGGCAACUUUCAUAAAUGUAUUGAAUGAUUUUAUAUUCUUUUCAUGGCAAAGAACGUCAGCUUACCCAUGAUAAACAGUUAUUCUUUUCACUGGCCCUUUGUAAGUAUCAUAGAUUUUUACUACCGUAACCUAUCCCAGUAUUUUAAACAUUCUCAUGAAUAACCUGAAACGUUUUAUGAAAAAUUGAGCUAUUUGCCAAAGAAGUUAGAAAAAUUGAAUUAAAAACUGAAACCUGUUGGUAGCCUUAUUGGCACACAAAUAUUUCUUAGCACUACUGUUGACACUGUAGAGCUAUAACUAGGCAAGUCAAUGCCUGGGGCUGGAUAUCAUAUUUGCCCCCCCCCCCCAUUUGUGAGUACUGUUGUAAAUAAUUUUGGUCAUUUUGCUGUCCCUCACCAUUUUAGGCCCCGUGAGGCUGCUCUACUUUGGUUAUGGCUUUAGCUCUACUCAUUACCUGUAACUAUCACAAGUCUCUUUUUCUGAAGCUAACUUCCAUCUUAAAUGUUGACUGCAUCAUGUAACCAGGACUUUAUUAAAAUUGAGUGGGGCCCAGGUAUUAUUUAGAUAUAAUGGUAAUAAUAAUAAUAACAGAUCACUCUUGCCUCUAUUCUGCUAGUUUUACAAACUGUAAUUUUUCUACUUGGUUGACCGGUACUGCAUAUAACCAUUCUUGCUGUUCACAAACAACACUUAUUUCCUGUUUCAUAUGCCUUGAUGUUUACAUGAAAGUUCUUGAAAUUAAACCUGUACAGUCUACCUUGUAAAAUGAAGAAUGUGGAAACAGUAUGUUGAUGGCACUUUCAUCCUUUGAUCUUGCGAACAAAAUAUUCAAGAUACCUUUCUUUUCAACAUAAUAACCUCAUUUACACUCACUUGACUUUUUUUCUAAACAUCCUUACAUUCUGACUUAACCUCCAUCUCUCCACUUGUAACAUGUAUCUUCUCUUCAAGUCAUAAAAUUCUCCACUCUGCCAUAACCAACUUUUUUGAUUGUUUUUUCUAUCUAAGAAUAUCAUAAAAAUCUGUAAUGUAUACCAAAAAGACUCAUUCAGUUUCAUCCAAGUUGGACUUAUAAUGCUAUCCACCAAAGAUCACCUAACAGCAAAUCUAAGCCACAUAUAUAUGCAUCUGUCAGUGUCUGGUUUACUUCAAAACUGAUCAAACUUUUUGCAGCCAAGAUACAAAACGAAAAUGACAAGAAAAUAAAAAUAAAGUUUCCUAUCAUAUACUUGAGAUACUGGCAGAAUAGUGAAAUAUAUCACUGUAAUAUAAUUCCAGUAUUGGUCCUAUAAGGUUGUGUUCAAUAUUAGAAAAUGGAAGGUUUAUAAAGAAAUCAUCUUCAGUAAACUUCACAACUCACCCAAACUAUCCAGUAUAAUGAGAUCUGAACUUCUGUGUCAUACAAACUCUCUCCAUAAAGAACACAUUACUGUUCUUUGAUAUAUUGUUUAGGCAGAGUAUUUAUGAUGAAACUUAGUUGAAUGGAUGGCAACUGCUUGUUAUAGAAACACAAGUGUAGGGGACGACGUUUCGAAAAUCUUCUGCCUUUCGUCUUCAGGUCAGUGUGCAUAUGGUAUAGUAGGUCCUUGUAGUAUUCUAGUGGAUUGUGGAGAGAAUACUAUAAAGAUUGACUACACCAUAUACACACACUUACCUGAAGCUCAAAGGUGGAAAACUUUCGAAAUGUUGUCCUCUACAGUUGUGUUUCUACAACACGCAGUUGCUGUCCAUUCAACUAAUUUUGAUCAACAUGUCAUUGAUUGGAGCUCUGCUAUGUCCUUAACGAUAUCACAUGCUAGUUUCCAGUAGACUGAAGUCCUUUGAGAUGGAUGAACUGUAUAUUAUUGAAAGUUUCUACAAAUUAUCAGCAUAAUAACAGAUAAAGACUUCAGCGUGAAUACUAGAACAUUGUUCACAGGAAAACUUCAUGCAGAAGUAGAUAAUAAGAGAUUCAAUGGCAGUACCUGUACAUCUGUAGGGCAUUUAAAAUUGAGGCAUUAUUGAAUAAAACUACUCCAGAGUAAUUUUUUUUUAAACUUAUUUAACAACUGGAAAAUUUUUUAAUAGUUACACCACUUAUUUCUCCGUAGACCCUUUUUCUAGCUUGUAAUAACUAUGCUAUGAUUCCACGUUACAUUCACAAAGAAACUAUUGGGUGCAAUCUUUAAAUUGUUUUUGUUGGUACUUAAUGAUAAGCACUUGUUUAUUUUUUACAAUGUGUGUACAAGAAUGUUCUUAAUUGGUGGAAACAUUGAAAUUGAGUUAGGAACAUAUUUGUUUUAGGUUCAUGUGUGUUUUCUGUUAUCUUUGAAAUACCAACAUUGCUUUGAAACUUACUCUGUUUAAAUACAGGUUUUGGGAUUAUAAUGGAAUUUGACACAAAAUAAAACUGUUCUCAUUCACUAUGCAGUGGUAUUUAGUACUUUUAUUUACUUAAGCAUAGUUACUUUAUAUUGAAUUAUUAUUGUUAAAUAUCUAUGGUCAAUGAAUUGAUGUUAUUUGCCAAGUGAGCAUUUUUAAAGAAGUACAGAAGGCAUAGAUAUUCUUUGAGAAAAAGAAUGCUGAUAGCUUUGUGGGACCAGAGUAUUUGCAAUGUACCAAAACAAAUGUACAGUAACUGUCAGAAAACAAAGAGUAAUGUGUAAUAGAAAUAUAGUUACAGGAAGUUGUUAGGAAUUGAUUUUCAGAAGAAAAAUUAUUAUAUAGUUAUUGUUGUGACUAUAACAAAGUAUGUUACCAAAUAUUUUACCUGUCACAUUUGUUUAAAAUAAGUGCAGAAUAAGGGAAUGUAACUGUUUGUAAAAAAUAAAUCACAAAUAGAAUAUAAUAGUACUCUUGGUGAAAAUGAAAACUAGAAGGUGAUUCAUCUUAUUAAAAAUUCUCAACUUUUUUUUUUUUGGAAAAAAUACUACUACUACUACUAGCAAUAAACUA